AUGACGGGGCUCGCCGUCGUUGGCCUAACCGCCUACCCAGCGAUCAAGGCAACGGCGGCAGCGGCAGCCCAUCUACCAUUAUCGCGUUGCACAGCUGGCAGAACCCCUUUCAAACCUAGCAGGCGCACACGACUGCCCUGCGAGACGGACGACCGCCAUGCGAAAUGGACGAUCGCCGCCAUAUCCGACGUUAUCCUGGUAGCCAGUUGGGCGGGAUGUCCGAAGACGAAGGUCACAAAGGACCCGACGAAACAACUGAAAUGGUCAUCAACGUCACCAAGGGCAAGCCAAACCACUUAGACCUUUCCCGUUCGCCGAACGCCCGCGAAGACGCUCAGCUACCCGGGUUGGACACACGCCCACCGAUCGAG